AUGCAGAGUGGAAAACCUGCUAAUUCUUGGGCAUCAGGCAAGUACUCAGAAGCAGGAAACUAUUAUUUCCAGACUGAAGGCUCCUCUGGUCUAGCCCAAAGCAAACCUCAAAAGGAUCCUACUCCUAGUUCAAUGGCCAGAACUAGUCUUGUGGCCCCACCCAAUCCCAGGGGAACAAGAAACACCAUCCCAGUGUCUCGAAGGAGGGGUGCUAGAAAUGCUGGGCGAACAGCACUAGUGACAACCACCAUUGCAGAGAUGCAGACAUGUGGCCUUGAAACAAACUUGUUUGCCUUGAUUGCUUAUUCUUCCUGCCAAAACGAUCAUGUGGUUAGAAAAGCACUGAUCCUACUGGCCCACUCAGAGAGGACAUCCUUCAACUACGCCAUGAAGGAGGCCGCCGUAGAGGCUUUGAAGAGGAAAGGAUGGGAGGUCACUGUGUCGGACCUAUAUGCCAUGAACUUCAAUCCCGUCAUCUCCAGAAACAACAUCAUAGGUAAACUGGAGGACCCCGGGAACUCUCAGUAUCCUGCCGAGUCUGUUCUAGCUUAUAAAGAAGGCCGUUUGAGCCCAGAUAUUGUGGCCGAACAAAAGAAGCUGCAAGCCACAGACUUUGUGAUUUUUCAGGUUGGCACUCUGCAUUUCUGUGGCUUCCAAGUCUUGGAACCUCAACUGACAAAUAGCAUUGGGCACACUCCCGAGGAUGUCCGAAUUCAGAUCCUGGAAGGAUGGAAGAAACGCCAGGAGAAUAUUUGGGAUGAGAUGCCACUGUAUUUUGCUCCAAGUAGCCUCUUUGACCUAAACUUCCAGGCAGGAUUCUUAAUGAAAAAGGAGGUACAGGAUGAACAGAAAAAUAAGAAAUUUGGCCUUUCAGUGGGCCAUCACUUGGGCAAGUCCAUCCCGACGGACAACCAGAUCAAAGCCAGAAAAUAA